AUGACGCUCCUUUACAAUUUUCUGUUCUUUUAUCUUUUUACUUUCGCGUUCGCGUUUACUCACCCUGGUCUCCUAGUGAGCCAGACAGACAUCGAUCGGAUUAAAACGAAGCUCGCUGCGAAAAAAGAGCCAUGGACUGCGUCCUGGAACAAGUUAACCAGCAUCCCAUUCUCCAGCGCCGACUACAAGAAUAACGCCGUUAAGGACAUCAAUCGAGGCCAGAAUGGAGAGGCACUAUGGCAUGAUGCAGCGGCGGCGUUCAAUCUUGCACUACGAUGGAAGAUCUCAGGAGAGGACCAGUACGCGGACACUGCCUCGAGCAUCCUUGUCGCUUGGGCAGACACGUUGGAAACUUUCAGCGGUGGCGACGAUGCCUACCUUUCAGCGGGACUGCAAGGAUACCAGCUUGCCAAUGCUGCCGAACUCCUACGCGAUUACAAGCCAUUUGCCCAGAAGGGAUUUUCCAGCGUUGUUGGAUUGCUGAAUGAAGUAUUCCUGCCCAUGAACAUCGAUUUUCUCAAUCAAGUGCUUGGAUCACAGCACAAUGUGAAGCAUUUCUUUGCGAACUGGGAACAGGGAAACAUUGCUUCCGUUUUAGCUAUCGCGGUAGUUACCAACAACCAAACCACGUGGGACUUUGCUAUUGACUACUUCAAGAACGGUGUUGGCAAUGGGGCUAUUAACAACGCUAUCUCGAAUAUCGUCAAGGAGCCGGGCACUGGGACGUUACUUGGUCAAGGACAGGAGUCUGGACGGGACCAGGGACAUUCGGCGAUGAAUUUUCAGCUUUUGGGAGUUAUUGGACAACAGGCGUGGAAUCAAGGAGAGGAUCUCUUUGCUUACAACAACAGCCGCAUUCUUCUUGGAGCCGAGUACUUUGCCCGCUAUAAUCUAGGAAACGACGUCCCUUUCGAGCCUUACACGAACGGAAUCGUGUCCUUUGAUGUCAUCAGCGAAGCCUCUCGUGGUGCCAUCCGACCGGCAUGGGAGUUGCUCCACAGUCACUAUGUUCGCAUCAAAGGACUCAAAGCCCCUUGGACUACAGCCUACCUGAACAACUCUCUAGAAUUCUUCAAAGGGUUUGAGGGUGGAGCUGGAUCUUGGGGAGAAGGAUCGGGCCAUUACGAUGGACUUGGCUGGGGAUCCCUCCUUCAUCACUUGGAUGAGUCUGAUGUCCCUGCCGAAAAGCCAUCAGGUUCCAGCUCAAGUGCAGUCGCUAAGACUUCAAACUCAGUGGUAGCAGAGACUCGACCAGCUUCGAAAGUGCUCUCGACUCUUCAGGCUAUCCAAACUGCCACCAAAGUAACUGGUAAUCCUGACAAGAUCACAUCCACCAAGGCAACUCAAACGGAUGCAGCAACUCUUACCACUUAUUCGUCACCAACCACUACAGCAAGCCACAGUAAAGUUCACAAGGCGGCAAAAGGCUGCCGUGCAAGGAGACCUUAG